AUGACUUCAACAGAUCUCACACAGACCGCGAUCCUUCCUCCACCGCCAGGCCUGACGACGAACUUCGUGAACCCUCCAACGCUCAUGCCGGCCGUGAUUGUCGGCACCACGAUCAUCCAUCUCUUCACCCUACCGUUUAUUCUGGCUCGCGCCUAUGUCAAUGCAUACGUAACGAAAGCAUGCUACAUCGAGGACUAUCUCUCCUAUAUCGCAUACGUUGGCUGCAUCGCCUACACCGCAGCCAUCGUGCAUGCCGAGACUGUCGGUAUGGCUCGGCACAUGUGGGACAUCUCCAUGGCGACAUUCGCGGAGAUAUCCUACAUCUGCAAUAUCGUAUUCGUUUGCUACACGGCCACGAGUGGACUAGCGAAGACUGUUGUUUUCUUGCAGCUCAAGAAGAUCUUUACCACGAAGUUUCGUGGUGUCGUUUUCUGGGUGAUCGUUGGCUCGCUGGUUGCUAAUGCUCUGUUCUACACCGCAAUGUUCUUCCUCUACGUCUUUACAUGCUGGCCGAGGGAGAAAAUAUGGAGCCCGAGUAUUGAAGGCAAGUGUAUCGAUUCGAACAAGCUGAAUAUGGCCAUGGGGACUUUGAAUGUCAUCAGUGACGUAGAAGCAUUCGUGGUACCGGUUUGGGCGAUAUGGCAGCUUAGCAUGAAGCUGCAACGGAAGAUCGCGGUCCUGGCAAUCUUCGGCGUGGGCGCAAUCGCUGUCGCAAUCGGUUGUGUAGGACUGUACUAUCGAGUCAUCCUGCUGCAGCAGUCCGACUUCUCCUGGCUACUGACCAAAGCGGGUUUGAUCUGUAUGGCUGAACUAGCCAUCGUCACCAUCGUCGGGUGCUGUCCGUACAUUCCCCGCAUGAAGAACCACAUCCGCCCAUCGUCUACGCCCCAAAGCUAUGAGCAGAGCAAGCGACCGCCCGUGCCUUCGAAGCAACGUUCGAAGUUUUAUCAUCUGGAGAAGUAUCUGGAUACCAACGCCAGUGUGUCGAAGCUCGGGUCAAGUGUCUCGGAAGAGCACCUAGAGCUACACCAAUAUCGCGACACAAAAUCUGAGUACCGGGCGAAGGGCUUUGGCGACGACGAUCGCGUUAUCGUGCGUACUACGCAUGUCAAGCAGUCGAUUUCGUGA